AUGCGUCGUGUACAUAACGGACUUCACGUACCGCAGGUGGAUAAGAUUGAUACCAACGUUAUGCCGUUUAAACAUCUGAUUCGUUUCAUGUUCAAGGAGAAAAGACGUAUUAAACGGGAUAAGAAAUACUGUAUCGAAAUUAAAUUUGAGGGUAUGGCUCAACGAACACGUUAUGAAGGUUUCGGUGAUGUUGCUUCAGUGAUCAAAUUACAUAACGGUGAUUCAGCGACCUUCAACUUUGAUACCGAUCGUUCCAUAGCAGAAUUUUACUUUAUUCCAGCAGAAAAUUUAGAACGUAUAACAAUGUUACCGUUGCGAACAGAUUUUGUUCGUAAACUUUCUGAAGCAUCUCCAACGUCACUGAAGCUUCAUGGAUCU